AUGGCCAACUCUCUUCACCGUCUGCCUGCGGGCUCGCGCAUUCUGGUUACUGGAGCCAAUGGCUUUGUGGGAAGUAAUAUCAUUCAAUGUCUGCUGGAAUUAAACUUCAAGGUGCGCGGGGCAGUUCGCGCACCGAAACCAUGGCUUGAUGAGAUGUUUCGGGAGAAAUUUGGGGAGGAGUCGUACGAGUCGGUGAUUCUGACGGACUUUGACGAUGUGGAUGUAAUCUCUGAAGUGAUGAAAGGUGUUUCGGGGGUUGCUCAUGUGGCUUCAGAUGUCUCUUUUGACUCAGAUCCGGAAAAGGUCAUAACAUCGGUGGUGAAGGCAACCCGCAAUGUGUUGGAGGCGGCGUCUCGUCACUCCGAGAUCCAGCGGGUGGUUUUGACUUCUUCGUCGGUGGCGGUUCUAUUCCCGGAGGCUGAUAAGGAGGGCGUGAGCGUGGAUGAGAAUACAUGGAAUGAUGAAGCCGUUAGGGCAGCCUGGGAUCCAAACAGCUCGCUACAGCUCAAGGGUCUGUUCUGCUACGCUGCCUCCAAGACAGAAGGGGAAAAGGCAGCGUGGGAAUGGGUUGAGAAUCAUAAGCCUGGCUUUGAAUUCAACACCGUGCUUCCAGAAUUCUCGUUGGGAAGAAUCCUACACCCCGAGAUCCACGGCUCAACAAUGGGCUGGGUUCGCGGUCUUCUCAAGGGUGAUACUAGAGUAUUCCAGACUUAUGUCCCACAAUAUUUCGUAGAUGUUGUUGACAUUGCGCGUCUUCAUACAGCAGCCCUUCUCGAUCCAAGCACCAUUUCUCAGCGGAUCUUCGGAUUUGCCACGCCUCUCAAUCUGAAUGAGAUGGUCAACAUUGUCAAAAAGCUUCGACCUGAUAACACUCAGAUUCCCGACCCUCCUACCGACGGCCAUGAUUUAACAAAUGUUAUCCCUGCUCGCAAGGCCGAAAAGCUAUUGCAGGAUUUCUACGGCCAACCAGGUUGGACUACUGUGGAAACCAGCAUUGCCGUGGGACUUGAGGGUUACUAG